UAGAGUGAAUCGUCACUAAGGAAACGUAUCUUGUAACUGUGCGUAUACGUUGCUGAAAUUCACUAUACUUGCUUUUAUGUCACGUGUAGGGAGCGCGAAGUAGUGGUGUAGCACUUUAAGGUUUGAUUUGAAGGAUUUGUUGAAAAUUAUAUUAUAUAUUUUAACACGAGAUAUAUGAAAGAGAGCUAUGCACACUGCGAUAGUAUUUUCUUAAAUUCCGUUUACAUGCAGAUGAAUGGAUGUAUAGUGUUUGAGAGUAUGGAAUUGCUUUAGGUGUCUGCUGCAAGUACUAGAUCAGACACGUGACCUCAGAAGCAAGGAAUUUGUUUGCAUAACUUUGAUUUAGUCUAGGACCGUGAGAACUUCGGAAUGGAUUAUCGAAAAAGUUUUUGUAACAAAAAUUAAUGGAUUUUCAAUCAACUUUAAAUCGCCAAAUUCAGAACACAAUAUUAAAUUCCUGUUACAUGUAUAAGACGUAAAUAUAUGUGACGCUUUCUCAGUGAUGACGUAAUUUACAAACUCAGAAUGAAUGACUUUGAAGCCGACGUUAAGCCACUGGCCGUAAAUGCAGUGGCGGAAACAACGCCUCUAGCAAUGGAAAAGACGGAGAAGACUCCGUUUGAUAAUCCGGAUAAAAUAGAUGAGAAACCGGAAGAGAGGGAGACGUGGAACAAAAAGAUAGAUUUUUUAUUGUCUGUGAUAGGUUUUGCUGUUGACUUGGCAAAUGUUUGGAGGUUUCCAUACCUUUGCUAUAAAAAUGGCGGAGGAUGUUUUUUAAUACCAUAUGUAAUGAUGUUAGUAGCAGCUGGUAUACCUUUGUUUUAUAUGGAAUUGGCUUUAGGUCAAUUCAACAGGACAGGAGCUAUCACUUGCUGGGGAAAUCUGUGUCCGCUUUUUAAAGGUAUAGGUUGGGCUGUAGUUUUAAUUGCAUUUUAUACAGACUUUUUCUACAAUAUCAUCAUAGCAUGGGCCCUUCAUUUCUUGUUUAGUUCUUUCACAAGUGAACUUCCAUGGAGUUCCUGUGGACAUGAAUGGAAUACAGAACACUGUUAUGACGGGACAUACCGUGGUUCGUUAACUGACUCAAAUUCUACCAAUGGGACCACGUCUUUUUCAAUAUUUGAACAAAUAACAGUUACUGCAAGCAGUAAUAUAAGUGCAAAUAUAACGACGAAUGUCACCCGGAUAUUCCGAACAUCUCCUGCAGAAGAAUAUUUCAAUCGUGGUAUGUUAAAAUUACAUAAAAGCACGGGGAUUUUUGACGUUGGUGGAAUAAACUGGGAGAUCACUUUGUGUCUCCUUGGUGUAUAUGUCAUCUGUUACUUCAGUAUGUGGAAAGGAAUUCACACAUCGGGAAAGGUUGUAUGGUUUACAGCUUUGUUUCCGUAUGUAGUUUUGUUUAUUUUGAUGAUAAGAGGAAUGACACUAGAUGGCGCCUGGACAGGGAUUUAUUACUACCUCACCCCUAAUACCACAAAACUUCAGGAAUCACAGGUAUGGGUAGAUGCUGCAACACAAGUGUUUUUUUCAUUGGGUCCAGGAUUUGGUGUUUUACUUGCAUUUGCUAGUUAUAAUGAACUUCAUAAUAAUGUUUAUAGAGAUGCUUUGAUCACAAGUGCAAUUAAUUGUUUGACUAGUUUUUUCUCGGGCUUUGUCAUCUUCAUGAUAUUAGGAUACAUGGCUGAAAAAGCAGGCGUCCAUAUUUCUAGUGUUGCCCAAGAAGGUCCUGGACUAGUAUUUAUCGUUUACCCGGAAGGUAUUGCAACAUUACCCGGUGCACCAUUUUGGGCCGUUAUAUUUUUCUUGAUGCUUCUCACUCUUGGGCUGGAUAGUUCCUUUGGAGGUUCAGAAGCAAUCAUCACAGCCUUAUCAGAUGAAUUUCCUAUAUUGCGGAAACACAGAGAGUUGUUUGUCUUCUGUCUCUUUGCUCUUUACUUUAUAGUUGGCCUGGCGUUUUGUACAGAGGGCGGAGUCCUUGUUGUGAACUUAAUGGAUAAUUUUGCUGCCGGAUAUUCUAUAUUGUUUGCAGUUUUCUUUGAAACUAUGGUUGUUUCGUGGGUCUAUGGAGUUGGCCGAUUUUCUGGUGACAUUGAAACCAUGAUUGGACAUGGACCUGGACCUUAUUGGAGAAUCUGUUGGAUGGUGGUUGCACCAGUUUUCCUCCUGGUGAUCAUGUUGUAUGGUGUAAUAUCAUUCCAACCAAUCACAUAUGCGGAUUAUGUCUAUCCCGAUGGAGCAAAUAUCAUUGGUUGGUUUGUGGCUGGUUCCUCGGUCAUAUGCAUUCCAUUGUUUGCCCUUAUAGGAUUUUGUCAAGCAAGCGGGUCUCCAGUAGAGAGGAUACGUUAUUUACUUAAACCAACAAAAGACAGAGACAAUUAUAUCAAAGCAACAUACAAUGACGUCAGAAUGAAUGGUGGGGCAGACGUUGGAGGAGAAAGUGUAUAACUAGUCAUAAGAUAAUCAUCACGUGACUGCCAAUUUACAUAUUCAUGAAACCAGUAUAGAAAUCUCCCGUUUAUUGAUUGGUCAAAUCAUAUAAUUAUGUUUGAUAUGAAUGAGCUCAGAGUAUACUUAUUGAUAGUAUUUGUUCAAUCAUGAAGAUGUUACAAUAAGAUUUAUGUGAAAACGAGAAUUACAUGUUUGCAUCAAAUUAUAUAUGUGGUAGUUUUGUCAAGCUGAACUGUUUGCAUAUAUAAUGUCAAAUGAGUGUUCCAAGAAACAUAUUUGUAUCAGAAGUUCUCAAAUGAUACCGUUUUAAUUAUUCGGGUUCAAAACGACUGAAUAGUUCUUGACAGACUAUGUAACGUGUGGUUUGUUUUUCUUUUUUAAUUUUGAAAUAUCUGCCAUAAGAUAUAUUAUAUAUCUCUCGUAUAAGGAAAGUAUAACAGCAUAUAUUUUUUGGAUGUCGUUCAAACUUUGGUAAAAAGAUAGAUUUAAGCGAUAGCAUAUAUUGGAUGCUCGAAACUGAUAAUUUUUUGGUUAAAGUAGAGAGGUUAACAACAACAUGAAGUACGUAAGCCAAAGGGCGUGUACAUGCUGAGUAUAGAAAUUGACUGCACACAUACGUUUUGUAGAUGUAAAAAAAAUUGAAUCCCAAAUAAAUAUAUCACAAGAAAUUCAACUGUAUUCCUACAACUUUUACACAGUUUCCGUCUUAUUUUUUUUUGUUUACUAGGAAAUGAGAAAAUACCACUUCCUUAGUACUGUAUAUAUGAUGAAAUUUUCAUGUGCAAUAAUACAAUAUAAUUACUUAAUGUGUAAUAAUCUUGUAAAAUAUUGAUGUUUUAUUAUUCAGAUUUGUUUUGUAAAACAAGUGAUGUUGUAAAUUGUUCUUACGUGUAAUUGGCAAUACUAUAACAGUGAAAUUUGUAUUGGAUUUUGUGUACAACAACUUACACGUGUACAGUGUUUUUUAAUAUGUGAUUAAGCAUGGCAUAAAGAUUUAACUUUCAAAUCUAUGUUCACAAGAGCAAUAAGACAUUUCUGUAUUCCUUUUGAUGUAUAUGUGUUGAAGAGAAUCAUUUACAGGUUUUAACAUUGUAUGUAAUUUCUUCUCUUAGCUAACUCAAAAGAAUAACGGGUGUACUUAUUUUAUGUCAGAAAGGUUUCAAUGUAUAUACUUUCUCAGCUAUGAAUCCGGUUGUUUUUACAAAAAGUGAUAGGAAGAUUCGUGUAUCUCUUUUUUAUGAAUAAACUUUUUUUUUUAUUAUUAUUAUUACAUUUGUAUUCUUAUCAAUUUUUUUAUAUAUAUAUAUUUACUUACUUGACAAAUAUUUUUUAUCCAAUCUCGGAAUGCUGUUUGACCUUUUUGGGUAUAUUGAUGUAUUUUCAAUCCACUUUUUAUUCGUUUUUAAACAGUAACCCUGUUCUACAGAAACCCAAGGAAAUAUCAUUCAUGAAAUGCAUUUAUAGUGAAGUACGGGUUUCGAAUAAUUUACUACUAUGUAAUUUUUCGUUUAUUCAAUUUUAUUUGUAUUCUCUGUGAUGUCUUUGAACAUAAAUUCUCAUUAGUCCUCCUUCCCAUACAUGUUACAAAAAAAUGUAACUAUACUAGACUAUGUAAGCAGACAAUGGGCAAUGAAUAACUUUUAUUCGUAUAUCAUUACGUGGAUAUAAUAGUCUUUUCACUUAAAUUUCAUUAAAUAUACACAGAGGCCUUUACCUCGAAUAUUUAUAUCUAUUUUUUCACCUAAUUAGUAUUUUCCAUGAUUUUGAUUUUAAUUAAUGAUGAAAAUGAUGGACUUAUUUUAAACGCCCCGUUAUAAAUAUCACAAAAUAUAUUUCAACAUGUAAGGACAACGUAUACAUACUUCGGAUAUAUUUCAAAUUUCAUAGAAUUUUUGUCCAAUUAGUUCUUGUUCAACUUGUGUUCAUGUCAAUUAAGAUUGGCUGAGAAUAAAAAAUUGUGAUUUUGCAUUGUGUGACAUUUAUUUUGACGUGAUUGACACUUCAUGUAUCGAGACAACUUAAGAAAAAUGAAGAAUCCGUUGACCUCCUGAUAUUUUCAUAUCAAAUACACCCUUUGUUAUACGCAAUUUCCUAAAUUAGUAAUAUAUAAAUGGAAAAAAAAACACUUUUUUAUAUACAUUCUUUACAUUAAUAGAUAUAUUUACUUUUUGGUAGGGAUGUUGUCUCUUUGACAUAAUCCAUUCUCAAUUUUAUGAAACCAACAAGGAGACCAUUAUAUAAUGAGAAAGUGACUAAAUAUACUAUCGUAUUAUAAAUUGCACCAUGCUGUGGGUCUCGAUAAAAAAAAAGAAGAGUACUCUUCCAAUUAUAUUCCACCCACUUCCAUGUAAGUCUGUGCAUCAAGCAUUUCCAUCAUCAUUUGCAAAUAACCUUUUCUACCUUUUCUAUGGUUUCUUUUCCAUAGCCCCAAAAAGGCAUAAGGACAUAAUGUAAUGUGGAUUUAUUAAUUUUUCGUGGGAACAAAUUUUCGUGGAUUGAGAAAAAAACACUUUUGAGGAUAUUUUAACUUCGAGGUUUUUCUCAAGCCUGCAUACAAUUUGUGAUUGAGCAUUGAAAUUCGUGGUUCACCUAUACGCACGAAAUCCACGAAAAAUAAUGAAUCCACAGUAAUUUUAAAGAUGAACACCAAUCUGCCAUAUGUUCCACACGAACAAUGAUCUACAGAGAAGUGCCUUAAUCGGUAUCUCUAGCAAUAUGAACAGUAUUGUAUAUGAUGUUAGUGUUGUAAAAUGUUGUUGUUAAUGUUGUAUAGUAUACAUUUGUAUAUUGUAUAAUAAAAUUGAUAAAUGUAA